GUGUUAUGAUGCAAAAAAAAAGCGUUAAUAAUAACCUUACGAUUAGAAGCUCCCGUAUUUUUAAACCAACUGGAAUCUCGUUACAAGAUAUUGCUGUCGUUUAAGUGAAACUGAGUGUACAAAAAUGAAGUUUUCAGAAGGAGAAGAAGUGCUUGUAAAGCAUCCAAACACAGAGGAAUAUCAAAAGGCUAAAGUAUUAAAUAUGAGGGGAGAACGGUACAAAGUACAGUUUGACACAGGCAUUGAACAAUAUAUUAAUGCAACUGAUAUUAAGGAAACUAGAACAUCUAGGAGUACAACAAGAUCAAGUACUAGAAAUAGGAAAAGUCCUUCUAGAUACUCACCAGCCAGAGCAUCUUCACGCAAACGUUCACCUGGAAGAUCUCCAUCAUCUGUAAAUAAGCAAGCUACAAAAACUCAAAAACUUGCAAGGGUUUCUUUGCCACGUAUAGAAAUACCUAAUGAAACACGUGCUGAAGACAAUGUUAUCAGUAUAAAAAAUCCAAAAGAAGACAAUUUUGCUGAAUCAAUGCCCCUUCAAAUGCGGUUGAAAGAACUAGGAACGGUUUCACGUAGAUCAACGAGAUUAUUAUCUAAUACGCUAAGAGCAGAAGCAGACUAUAAAAUGGUUAUGCUAACAAGAAAUAUUAACAGAGCUGUAUCUCUUCCUUUAGAAAGGAAAAGUCUGAUGCACGAGUUUAACGUUGACGGGAAAGAGAGGGGUCACUCGGUACAGAGAGACCAAGAUUUAUUAAAAACUUCAAAUUAUGAGGAAAAUGUGGAUUUAAGUAAGCAAGUAAUAGAAAAACGUCAGAAAGAAAUAAGCAUGGUUAGUGAACCACAAGAAUGGGGUGGAUGGCUUGGUGCCCUCACUCUCAUAUUUCUUUCUCCUGUACUUAUAAUCUUGCCGCAGUUAAUGUGUACAGAAAAUCAAUGCACAUUUGGGUAUCCUGAAAUACCUACAAAUUUACACUCUUACAUAAAUUUUAAAGCUUUUACUAUAUAUUUUGGAUUCUUUUUAUUUGUAACGAUUGUUUCGAUCACUCCGAUUGGACGAAAAGUUGACGGACCACAAAGUAGAAUUGGAAGGCUACAGUAUCGUUUAAAUGGAUUUUUAUGUGGUAUUUUAUCUGUGCUACUGUUUACUGUGGGUGUAUAUAAAGAACUCGAAGUCGCUGAUCUCAUUAUAAAAAAUUAUGUACAAUUUGCAAUUAGUGGUUGGAUACUUGGAGUAAUCUUGUCACUGUUGCUAUUUAUAAAAGGAGGUAAAGCUCCCGUAGCAAAUCUUAAUAUACAGGGAUCUACUGAUAGUGCAAUUUACAACUUUUGGCAAGGAAAAGAAAUAAAUCCACGAAUUGGCCCCCUAGAUUUCAAAAUAAAUCUUUUUCGAACAUCUGUGAUAGCUAUGAUUCUCAUAAAUAUGUCCAUCAUGGUUAAAGUAAUUGAAGAAGCCGAAACUUAUAGUCUCGAACAUCUUAAUAUAGGCGCUUUAUUAGCCACUUCAUUGCAAAUAAUUUAUGCAAUGGAUGCACUUUUCUUUGAAUCUGCAAUGUUGACAACUUUCGAAAUUAUGUAUGAAGGCACUGGUUAUAUGUUAUGCACUGGUUACAUGCUUUAUCCAUUUUUACCGACUCUUACGACAAAAUAUAUACUGUAUCACAAGACGCAACUUGUUUACCACUUUGUUUUUCCUGUACUCACGUUUAUAGUUGGAUAUUUGUUGUAUAGAAUCAGUAACUCACAAAAAGAUAAGUUCCGAAAGAAUCCUUUAUCUGCCUCAUUAGCGCAUUUAGAAAGUAUACCAACCGUUCGCGGUAAAAAGCUUAUAAUAUCUGGAUUAUGGGGUCACGUGAGACAUCCAAAUUAUUUGGGUGAUAUAAUAAUGUGGUGGUCGAUAUCAUGUAUAAGUUUGGCAUGUGAUAUUUUGCCUUAUUAUUAUGCAAUUAUAUGCACAGGAUUGUUAAUACACAGAGCGAUAAGAGACAAUGAACGUUGCAAAAUGCGUUAUGGUUUAGCUUGGGAAGUAUAUAUAUCACGUGUUAAAUACAUGAUUUUAUAUCGUAUAUUUUAA